CAGGCGGCCUUGACCCCGAAAGUGACAUGUACUGAUUUUUACAAAGUAAUAAAGUUUCAAUUAACCUAGAGAAAAAUGGCGGAGGGGUCGUCGACUGGACUUGCAAGACUUGACGGAAAGGUGGCCCUGAUCACAGGUGCCAGUUCCGGGAUUGGUGCAGGAACUGCAACGAUGUUCAGCAAGCUAGGAGCAUUGGUUGCCAUUACCGGGAGAAAUGCUGAAAACUUGCAGAAGACUGCUGAUGAAUGUGAAAAACUGGGAAAUAAAAAGCCAUUUUGUGUGGUGGGUGAUGUCUGUAUAGAAGAAGAUGUGAAGAGAAUUGUUGAUAGUUCUGUCAAGCACUACGGCCGUCUGGAUAUUCUGGUAAACAACGCUGGUAUUGGCGAACCAGGCUCAAUUGAAACCACUUCCUUAGAACAGUUUGAUCGAACCUUCAAUACCAAUGUCAGGUCGAUGUAUCACAUCACUAUGCUGUGUACACCUCAUCUGGUGGCCACGAAAGGAAGCAUUGUCAAUGUUUCAAGUGUCAAUGGAAUGAGAUCGUUCCCAAAUGUGUUGGCCUACUGUAUGUCUAAAAGUGCUGUGGACCAGUUUACCAGAUGUUGUGCUUUAGAUUUGGCUCCAAAGCAGGUCCGGGUGAACAGUGUCAACCCCGGUGUGAUCAUUACGGAGAUUCACAAGCGAGGAGGACUGGAUGAGGAGGCUUAUCAGAAGUUUCUCGAGAGGACAAAGUUCACACAUGCCCUUGGACGGCCUGGACAAGUGGAUGAGGUGUCAGCCACAAUUGCAUUCCUUGCCUCCGAUAACGCAUCGUUUAUAACAGGGGCGCAGAUACCCAUUGACGGGGGGAGACACGCUAUGUGCCCACGAUGAUUUAUUUACUUCACUCAAUUGAAAUAAAACCAGUGUAUUGCUACCCAUGUGAUGGCUGUAGACAUUUUAGUUCAAUUGAUGUUGUUGCUAAAUUUCCUGAUAUUGUCAUUAAUUCACAAAAAACCUCAGUGAGGUUAUUUUAUGAGAGACUUUAAAUCUGUUUCUUUAUCUCAUUGUUUUUACAUUACAUAAUGUCUUAAGAAAUUACUUUUCUGGAUUCUGAUAAUGUAUGUUUUUAUGCAUGAUUGAUACAGGGUUGAUGGGCAAUAAUAAUGCUUGAUUGUAUUGGGGUUUGUCUAUAAUGUAGAUUGUUAAUUUCUACAAUAUUUUGGUGCAUCUUAUAUUCAUUUACUGUUAUCUUGUUUGUAUGUUUGAUUGUUAAAGCUGCAUGUAUCUAUUUUAUUUCAUGUACUUCUCACAUUCGUUAUACUUACAUUCCUUUUGUGCUUCCUUAGAUAAAUUAUAUUUUGUCAAAUGCAUUCAUAUUCCGAUGAAAGCAACAGCUUCAGGAUACCUUUGAUCUUACAAAAGUGAUAUGAUUUGUGAGUGGUUUAAUUAUGUUUCAAGAUGUUAAAUAUAUGUGACUAAUGAAACGGGUGAAAUCAUUGAUGCUGCUGUUUAAGAGCAUUUACCGUAUCUUUGAAGUGUUUUUUUCCAGCGUUGUAGUUGGAUUAUUCCAGAUAUAUUUAAGGAGAAUAAAUAUAAACGUCAAAUG